AUGCAACUUUCAUCAAUGCAAAGAUUAGCAAUACAAAUGUUUGUUCAAGAUCCAUCAAAAUCAAUAAAAAAAACAAGAAAUCCAAAUCAAUUUAUUCUUCAACCAUCAAAUGAAUGGGAACGUUUUAAUGAACUUUGUAAUGAAUUUCUUAGUUCAUUUGAAGUUCGUUUAAUUGAAGCAUUAACAUUAUGUGCUAAAAAUACAUUUGAAAUGAUUAAAAAUCGAGCUAAUCCAACAUUAAUUCAAAUAAAAUCUCGAUUAAAAAAAUUUCGAUUAUAUUCUCUUGAUACAGUCGAUGCAAAUAUCGAUAGAAAAGAUAAUAUCAUACAUCCAUUAAUAUUAACUAAUGUUGAAUUACAUUCUUCUGUUAUUAUAUUAAAUCCAAGUAUUGAUGAAAUUCAACAAUUAAUGCAUCAAUUAGUUAAUUAUGUUUUAAAUAUAUUUCAUGGUGUACGAAAAUGGGAUGAAGUACGACAUAUUGAUAGUAAACUUAUACAUACUUAUCCAAUGCAUGAUUUUUCGGAUUUAUUACCAAUAGAUGGAAAUUUAGAAAUAGAUAAAAUAUCUGAUAAUACAGACGAAAAUUUAAGACAUAUUGAACAAUGUAAAAAAAAUAUUGAUUUACUUUGGAUUAUAAGUCAAUAUGAACUUUCGCUAAAAAUACUGUUACAAUACUCGAAGACUAAGUCUUAUAUAGGAAGUCAUUGUAAAAAAAUUUAA